UGUUGCCACUUUCUAUAUUCUUCGUCUUCUCCACGCCCAACCGACCCCAAAGCGGACAAGGCGCAGGGAAGAGACAGAUCCACCCCCACUACGGCACUACCCCGCUCCUCCGCCGCAGCGAGCAGGCACCAUCAGCAGAUCCCCCCUCCACGCUCCGCCGCCUGUGCUUUCCCUCUUCCCUUCUCCCCCGGAAGGAGGAUCAUGGAGCACGGGGUUCUUGGCUCCAGGUGCGCCACCGGGGCCGGUCAAAUCUUGAGGACCAAGUCCAGGGCCGCAACGUCAUGUGGCAAAAGAACCUCAACAAGUGUUGCUAGUUCUACCAAACAUGAUGUUAAGCCAUUGCAAUUAGCAGCAAAUGGAUCCUCUCAUUUGCCUAACACAAGUCCAUUACUUAAAAAGCUGCAGAAUCUAUCUGUUAGGUCUAGCUCCGCACAUGUGGUUACCACUUUUGAUGAUGCAAAAGGUGUAUCUUCUAGUGUUGCUGAAGAAAAAAUUGGAGUACUCUUGUUAAAUCUUGGUGGACCAGAGACCCUGGAUGAUGUUCAACCAUUUUUGUUCAACCUAUUUGCUGAUCCAGAUAUCAUUCGACUCCCUAGGCUGUUCAGGUUUCUUCAAAGACCACUGGCCAAACUUAUUUCUACUUUUAGAGCUCCCAAGAGUAAAGAGGGUUAUGCAUCUAUAGGUGGUGGGUCACCAUUGAGGAAAAUUACUGAUGAGCAGGCAAAUGCUCUGAAGAUUGCACUGGAAAAGAAAAACUUGCACGCAAAUAUUUAUGUUGGGAUGCGUUAUUGGUACCCUUUCACAGAAGAAGCCAUUGAUCAGAUUAAAAAGGACAAGAUUACCAAGCUCGUUGUUCUCCCACUUUACCCUCAGUACUCCAUAUCAACAAGUGGAUCAAGCAUUCGUGUUCUGCAAGACAUUGUCAAAGAAGAUUCAUAUUUUGCUGGCUUGCCAAUUUCCAUCAUUGAAUCAUGGUACCAACGUGAUGGCUAUGUGAAAUCAAUGGCUGACUUAAUUCAGAAAGAGCUAUCUGCCUUUUCCAAUCCUGAAGAGGUUAUGAUUUUCUUCAGUGCACAUGGUGUGCCUCUGACCUAUGUUGAGGAUGCUGGAGAUCCGUACAGAGAUCAGAUGGAGGAUUGUAUUGCUUUGAUCAUGGGGGAAUUGAGAACCAGAGGAAUCUUAAACAGUCACACUCUGGCAUACCAGAGUCGGGUGGGGCCAGUUCAAUGGCUGAAGCCAUAUACUGAUGAAGUUCUAGUUGAACUUGGUCAAAAGGGUGUAAAGAGCCUCCUGGCUGUUCCAGUAAGCUUUGUGAGCGAGCACAUUGAGACAUUGGAAGAGAUCGACAUGGAGUACAAGGAGUUGGCUCUGGAAUCUGGAAUCAAGAACUGGGGCAGGGUUCCUGCUCUUGGAUGUACUUCCUCGUUCAUCUCUGACCUUGCUGAUGCUGUGGUCGAAGCCCUGCCCGCUGCCUCAGCACUCGUGACCAGAAAGCCCGAAGACACUGACUCUGACCUGGACCUGAUGCAUUACCUGACCAAGAUGUUCUUCGGCUCAAUCUUGGCAUUCAUCCUGCUGUUGUCACCAAGACUAAUUUCCGCUUUCCGGAAUACCCUGCUUUAGAUUGGCUAGGUAAGUAGAAAAAGGUGUGAUAGGCAUUUAUCCAAGUUUUGAGAUUGAUAAGCAAAGAAAGUAACCGUGAGGAACUUGGUGAUCGCAACUAGAUAUCUCUUUGACUUUAAGAUGGAAGCUUGCAGUUUACUGGUUGUAAUAUUGUUCACAGGGAAAGCAAGCUCAACUACAGAUCAAAGUUCAUUAUAGUUCCUUCUUACUUUCUCGGAUGAUUUGUCUCAACACUCCAUCCAUUUAAUUUGGCUCACUGGUAA